UUCUUGUCACUACAAAUCAUUCUUCGAGUUUUGGUGGGUUUUUUUUUCAUAUUUUUUGUGUAUCAUCAUUUAACUCAAAGAUGGCGAAUGAGGUGGUUCUGCUAGAUUUCUGGCCAAGUCCUUUUGGGAUGAGGAUUAGGAUUGCACUUGCUGAAAAGGGCAUCAAGUACGAGUACAAAGAAGAGGACUUGUGGAACAAGAGCCCUCUGCUACUCCAAAUGAACCCGGUUCACAAGAAAAUCCCGGUUCUUAUCCACAAUGGCAAGCCCAUUUGUGAGUCUCUCAUUGCUGUUCAGUACAUUGAUGAGGUCUGGAAUGAUAGAUCUCCUUUCUUGCCUUCUGAUCCUUACCAGAGAGCACAGGCUAGAUUCUGGGCUGAUUUUGUUGACAAGAAGAUAUAUGAAAUUGGAAAGCAGCUUUGGACAACAAAAGGAGAAGAACAAGAAGCUGCUAGGAAGGACUUCAUAGAUGCCAUUAAAUUGUUGGAGGAACAGCUUGGAGACAAGACUUAUUUUGGUGGAGACAAGAUUGGCUUUGUGGAUUUAGCACUUGUUCCAUUCUACUCUUGGUUUAAAGCUUAUGAGACUUUUGGCAACUUCAAGACAGAGAGUGAGUGCCCCAAGUUUAUUGCUUGGGUCAAGAGGUGCAUGCAGAAAGAGAGUGUUUCCAAGUCUCUUCCUGACCAGCAUAAGGUCUAUGAGUUCAUUUUGGAGGUAAGGAAGAAGAUGGGCAUUGAGUAGAUUGGAGGCGUAAUAGCCAUUGUGAAGUAACUGUCUUUUCUUUGAUGUCUGCUCCACCUUUCAAAAAUAAAUAAUUAUGUAAUUGAAGGCACUUAGAUGUGCCAAACUUUAUAUGCUUUUUGCAGUAAUGUGUAGGUUUUGAAAUACUUGAGAUGUAUCUUUGAUGUGUUUGUUGGUAUGGUAAUCGAGUCUUUUCUGCAUUAUUAUAUAUUUCUACUCAUUGGGUUAUAGUCUA